ACGUGGACAAUCAUGCAUGUGCUCUUCUGGGGCUUGGGGUUCCUGCUAUUCCCUGAUUUCUUGAACGUGGUCGCAUCUACGGGGAGAUUGCUCUUGAAUUCAAGCACAGUAAAAGAGGAGAUCGGCGCUUAUGAGAUCGUAACACCGGUGCGCGUAAAUGAAGCCGGUGACAAGUUUCCAACCGGCGUGCACUUCAAGAGGAAAAGGCGAAGUUUGGACGAGGGCACGGGCAACACCACGGACCACUGGGCCUCGCCGAACAUCCACUACAGGAUCUCUGCUUUCGGACAGAGCUAUCACCUCAACCUGACGCUGGAAUCGGGAUUUAUCGCACCUUUGUACACUGUGACGAUACUUGGAGUACCCCGAGGGGACAACAUAACGGAUUUUGCAACGGAUGGGGAGGGAGAGGUGGGGGUGGCGGGGGUGGAGGAGGAGGACACGGAGUUAAGGCACUGCUUCUAUAAAGGACAUGUAAAUGCACAUGCAGACCACGCCGCGGUCAUCAGCUUGUGCUCCGGACUGCUCGGCACUUUCAGGUCUCCAGAAGGGGAGUAUUACGUGGAGCCCCUGCACAACUACCAAGGAGAACACUAUGAAGAGGAACACACAAAACCUCAUAUUGUAUACAGGAAGAGUGCACCCAAGAAUCAGACGACUGGGGAGACCUCAGCUUGUGACACUUCAGGGCACAAACACAGAAAUAAGCGGCAGAAGCCGAGGAGGAGGGCGGCGGCCGGGGUCGCCGCGGUGCCCGGCGCCGGCGCCGACCCCGACCCCGCGGUCAGCGCCGGUAUCUUCGGCGAUCUGGAGCUGCUGAGCGCCGGCCUGGCCGGUAAUGAUGUGCUGGGACCGGAGCGCAGCGGCGCGAGCAUGAGAGCUUCAAAUGAUAGCGGCGGCGACUCAGGACCUCACAGGAGAUCAAAGCGCUUCCUCUCCUACCCGCGCUUCGUUGAAGUCAUGCUGGUGGCCGACAGCAAAAUGGUGGAGCAUCACGGCAGCAACCUGCAGCACUACAUGCUCACGUUAAUGUCCAUCGUGUCUUCGAUCUACAAGGACCCGAGCAUUGGCAAUCUGAUCCACAUUGUGAUUGUGAAGUUGGUGAUAAUAAACAACGAGCAGGACGGUCCAGUCAUUUCUUUCGAUGCACAGGACACUUUAAAGAACUUCUGCAACUGGCAGGAGAGCCAGAACUCCCUGGAUGUGAACCACCACUCCCAUCACGACACGGCCAUCCUCAUCACCAGGCAGGACAUCUGCAGAGAAAUGGAUAAGUGUGACACCUUAGGGCUGGCGGAGCUGGGGACGGUGUGCGAUCCGUCUCGGAGCUGCAGCAUCAGCGAGGACAACGGACUCAGCACCGCGUUCACCAUCGCCCACGAACUGGGCCAUGUGUUCAACAUGCCACACGACGACAGCAACAAGUGCAAGGAGGACGGCGUGAAGGUCCAGCAGCAUGUGAUGGCUCCCACGCUCAACUACAACACAAACCCUUGGAUGUGGUCCAAGUGUAGCAGGAAGUACAUCACAGAGUUCCUUGACACAGGAUAUGGUGAGUGCUUGCUCAACGAGCCCGUUUCUAGGCCGUACAGUCUCUCGCAGCAGCUGCCCGGGCGGAUAUACAAUGUCAAUAAACAGUGUGAAUUGAUAUUUGGGCCGGGAACGCAGGUGUGCCCUUAUAUGACUCAGUGCCGGCGGUUGUGGUGCACCAGCCCGGAGGGCGCCCAGCGGGGCUGCAGAACCCAACACAUGCCCUGGGCAGAUGGCACCGACUGCUCCCCCGGAAAGCACUGCAAACACGGCCUGUGCAUCGCCAAGGAGCACGACGCCGCGCCGGUGGACGGGGCGUGGGGCGUCUGGAGUCCGUUCGGGACCUGCUCGCGGACGUGCAGCGGAGGCAUCAAGAUCGCCAUGCGCGAGUGCAACCGGCCCGUGCCCAGGAACGGGGGAACGUAUUGUGUGGGCCGCCGGAUGAAGUUCCGUUCCUGUAACUCUGAGCCCUGCUCCAAGCAGAAGAAGGACUUCAGGGAGGAACAGUGCGCCGCCUUCGACGGCCGGCACUUCAACAUCAACGGUCUACCUCCAAACGUUCGCUGGGUGCCCAAGUACAGCGGAAUUCUGAUGAAGGACCGGUGCAAGCUGUUCUGCAGGGUGGCGGGCAGCACGGCCUACUAUCAGCUCAGGGACAGGGUCAUCGACGGCACGCCGUGCGGACCCGACACCAACGACAUCUGUGUCCAGGGCCUGUGCCGGCAAGCCGGCUGCGAUCACGUGCUGAACUCCAAAGCCAGGAGGGACAAGUGCGGCGUGUGCGGCGGCGACAACUCCUCCUGCAAAACCGUGGCGGGCACCUUCAACAUUGUGCGCUACGGUUAUAAUGAAGUCGUUCGAAUACCCAGCGGUGCUACGAACAUAGAUGUGCGUCAACACAGCUACUCAGGGAAACCAGAGGAUGACAACUACCUCGCCAUAUCAAACAGCCGUGGAGAGUUCCUGCUUAACGGAGACUUCGUGGUCAGCAUGUUCAAAAGGGAAAUCAAAGUAGGAAACGCCAUCAUCGAGUACAGCGGCUCGGACCAUGGUGUUGAGAGGAUCAACUGCACCGAUCGCAUCGAAGAAGAAAUCAUUGUCCAGGUGCUGUCUGUGGGGAACCUCUACAACCCAGAUGUCAGGUACUCCUUUAACAUCCCCAUAGAGGACAAGCCUCAGCAGUUCUUCUGGGAUGCAUACGGGCCCUGGCAGGAGUGCAGCCGCCUGUGCCAAGGCGAGCGCAAACGGAAGAUCCUGUGCAGCAGAGAGUCUGACCGAGUGAUGGUGUCGGACCAGAGGUGUCACGGUACAGCCCGGCCCGCCGUCAUCACCGAGCCCUGCAACACCGAGUGUGAAGUCAGGUGGCACGUAGCUCGGAAGAGCGAGUGCACGGCGCAGUGCGGUCCGGGAUACCGCACGCUGGAGAUAUACUGCGCCAAGAUCAGCCGCACGGACGGGAAGACGCAGAAGGUCGACGAGCGCUACUGCAGCGGUCUGCGCAAGCCGGACGACAAGGAGCCGUGUCACGGAGACUGCAACCCGGGCGGGUGGGAGUACUCGUCCUGGUCAGAGUGCUCCAAGAGCUGCGGCGGGGGAACCCGGCGGCGAGGGGCGGUGUGCCGCAAGGCGGCGGAGGCCGGCGGCGACGAGAGCAAGUGCAGCCAGAGAGACAGGCUGACCGUCCAACCCUGCAACGAAUUCCUCUGUCCACAGUGGAAGACCGGGGACUGGUCCGAGUGCCUGGUGACCUGCGGGAAAGGCUACAAGCACCGACAGACGUGGUGCCAGUUCGGCGAGGACCGCCUGGACGAUCGCUUCUGCGGCUCGUCCAAACCCGAGUCGGUGCAGACCUGCCAGCAGCAGGAGUGUGCCUCCUGGCAGGUCGGGCCCUGGGGACAGUGCACUACCUCUUGCGGGCCAGGCUACCAGAUGCGAGCAGUGAAAUGUGUGGUUGGCUCUUAUGGUGCCGUCAUGGAUGACACUGAAUGUAACGCUGCCACCCGACCCACUGACACACAGGACUGUGAACUGGCCCAAUGUCCCAGCAGCCACCCAAUCCCCCCGGGGACCAAAGUCCCUUCCCACCAGGGCCACAAAACCCAGUGGCGCUUUGGAUCCUGGACCCAGUGCAGUGCCAGCUGUGGCAAGGGGACGCGGAUGCGCUACGUCAGUUGCCGCGACAACCAGGGCGGCGUGGCGGAGGAGGCGGCGUGCGCCCACCUUCCCAAACCCCCCGCCAGGGAGGUGUGCUCAGUGGUGGCCUGCGGACAGUGGAAGGUUCUGGAAUGGACCGUGUGCUCGGUCACCUGCGGCCAGGGGAAAACCACACGGCAGGUGGUGUGCGUCAACUUCAGCGAGCAGGAAGUGAGCGCCAGCGAGUGCGACCCCGACGACCGUCCCACCACGGAGCAGGACUGCGCCAUGUCUCAGUGUCCGGCCCGGUCCAGCGAGUCCCGCCCCCUGCCGUCCUCACCCAACGCCGGCCCCAGGAGCAACCUGCCCCGCAGCCAGUCCCACCAGUGGAGGACCGGACCCUGGGGCGCGUGUUCCAGCACGUGUGCGGGAGGCUUCCAGCGGCGAGUCGUAGUGUGCCAGGACGAGAACGGCUACCCUGCCAACAGCUGCGAGGACCGCAGCCGACCCAGCGAGCAGCGGUCCUGCGAGUCGGGGCCCUGCCCCCAGUGGGUCUACGGCAACUGGGGAGAGUGCACCAAGCCGUGCGGCGGCGGCAUCAAGACGCGGCUGGUGGUGUGUCAGCGUCCCAACGGCGAGCGCUUCAACGACCUGAGCUGCGAGAUCCACGACAAGCCGCCGGAUCGCGAGCAGUGCAAUACUCAGCCGUGCCCGUCUAGCCCGCACUGGAGCGCAGACCCAUGGAGCUCGUGUUCGGCCUCCUGUGGACGGGGCUUCAAAACCCGGAAGGUGAGCUGCGUGACGGGGUCGGGCCGUCCCGUCCCGGAGGACAGCUGCCAGCACCUUUCUCCAAAACCCAGCAAGCAGAGGCGCUGCCGAGGGGGGCGAUGCCCCAAGUGGAAGACGGGCAACUGGGGAGAGUGCUCGGCGUCGUGCGGAGACGGCAUCCAGCGGCGGGACGUGUUCUGCCAGGUGGGCGACCGCCGCAGCCCCACGGAGAGCGGCUGCUCCCCGCGCUCCAGGCCGCCGUCCAGCCGGAGCUGCCGGGCCGCGGACUGCCCCUCCCGGUACCGCUGGAGGGAAGGCGAGUGGCAGACGUGCAGUAAGUCGUGCGGGUCGGGCCGCAGGCAGCGAGCGCUGCAGUGUGUGGACCACAGCCAGCAGGAGGUCCACGAGACGUACUGCGUCAACCAGAUCAAACCGCCCAAGCUGGAGAGCUGCAACACUCACGCCUGUGAGUUCGUCUGGAUCACCGGAGAGUGGACGGAGUGCUCAGCCAGCUGUGGCCAGGGCUACCGCCAGCGCCUGGUCUCCUGCAGCGAGGUGCAUGUGGAGAAUGACAACUAUGAGUACGGCCAUCAGUCUCUGUCCAACUGCCCCGGGACCCCCCCCGAGAGCUACAUGCCUUGUAACCUGGACCCGUGCCCGCAGCCGCAGGAGUGGAGGGCUGGAAUCUGGGGACCGUGCUCGGUGAGCUGUGGGGACGGCGUGAUGGAGAGGACGGUGCAGUGUGUGUCAGCAGACGGUCAGAAAAGCAGCAGGUGUGCUCGAGGAGCCGUGCCAGAAGCCCGAAAAGUCUGCAGAAAUCCAAGCUGUCAUCUGCCUUUCAGCUGUCAAGACGUCCAGAGCGCGAACGGCCCCGGUCCAGACGGCGAACACUUUCUCAGCGUUCAAGGAAAAGCACUCAAGGUCUACUGUGCAGGAAUGCAGACGGAGGCUCCGCAGGAGUACAUCACCCUGACAACUGGCGAAGGGGAGAAUUUCUCUGAGAUCUAUGGCUUCAGGCUCAACGACCCCACCCAGUGUCCGGCCAACGGCUCCAGGAGAGACGACUGCGACUGCCGGAGAGAUUACUCCGCCGCCGGCACUACCACUUUCUCCAGAGUCCGCCUGGACCUCAGCAAGAUGAGCAUCAUCACCACGGACUGGAAAUUUGCCGUCACCCGUGAAGGCAAGAGCGUUCCAUUCGCCACAGCCGGGGACUGCUACAGCGCCGCCCGCUGUCCACAGGGCCGGUUCAGAAUCAACCUGUCAGGAACGGGUUUCAUGGUGGCUGAAGGCGUCUCCUGGAUUUCCCAGGGAAACUACGCCGUGGCCAAUAUACACAAAUCACAGGAUGGCAGCACAGUGUCAGGAAUGUGUGGAGGUUAUUGUGGGAAAUGCACGCCGUCCUCUGGCCGCACUCUGCCCGUCACAGUGGAGUAGAGCUGUGAAACAGGAUUUUCACUGAUCUUCAGGGGAUCAUAGUGUGAACUCGUCCCUCCUCAUUGGUGCUACGGUCCUCGUCCGGGUCAAACCCCUCUCCUCAUGUGCAUAUUGUAAAUGAAUGUGGUGUAAGUACUGUACAUAUCAGGACAAAGUCUUUUAUUUAUUGUAUUCGCCAUUUAU